AUGUCGAAUCUUCCUAAUCCAACUCCUGCACGGAGCGGGCUUUCUCUCUAUGCAAACUUGUUAGAUCCGUCUUCGAGUGAUACACCCGGUUCCAUUAUCAAAGGACCAGUCGUUUUCAAACCUACUGCAGCUGCAACUUCUGCGGAAGAUGAAAUUUCAGCUAAGAAGUCUCAGAUUGAUGCUGCUGCCCUGAGAUUUCAGCCAACAAGAAGACCACAGCUCUCUUCGCAAAAGCCGAAAGCAAAAGCAUCAUUCCCAAAGGCGGCUGCCCCAACCAAUCCAACUGCCACCGAGCCAAGUAAUGUAGCCAUAUCGAAAGUCCCAGCUCCCAAAAGCACUUUGGCUGAUUGGGCCGUUGACGACGAUGAUGUAAAUGGAUUUUACGUUAAGGAGAAAAGGCAAAGAGGUGGUAAGAAGCGAAGAAAGAAUAAUAGGGAAGAACAAGCUGUGGCGCAAGAUUGGGAAGACAUUUAUGAUCCUUCACGGCCGAACAAUUACGAGGAAUAUAAAAAUAGUGAUGAGAAGGUUCGGGAAGUACGAGAGUGGAAGGAUAGGCUUUAUGCUCAUAGAAUGGCGCGAAAGGCGUCAAGCGAUAGUGAUGACGAGGAACCAUACCGGCCGAAGAUUGGCAACCAAUUUGCUCCACCUCCAAACUAUUCAUUUGCACCUCCACCACUAGAUUCUCCUCCCAAGAAGCGUUCCAAGUCACCAGAAAGCGAUUCUUAUAGCCCUACUCUUCAAGCAAACUCUAAUCCACCACCUCCGCCAUCCGAAAGCCAACCAUUACCUCCACCAGCACCAUUAUCAACAGGAGCUAUAUCCCGAGCCCCAGUGCGAUACAACUUACCGCCAGCUCCAAGUGAACUUCCAGCUUCGGAAGCAGAAUUAGAUAAAGCCCUCGCAGAGGAACCAGAAGAUGGAGACGAGCCAGAAGCAGAUGAAGAUGCACCAAAGUCACUUCGUCCAGGUCAGAAAGGUUUCGCAGAACGUCUAAUGUCUAAAUAUGGUUGGAGUAAAGGAUCAGGACUUGGAGCUGAUGGCUCUGGUAUGAUUACACCUUUACAGGUUAAGCUUGACAAGCGGAAAAAGAAGUCAGAUGCAGAAGGUGGUGGGUUUCGGGAUUCUGGAGGUAGAGGAAAGAUUAUUGGGGGGAAGAAGAUCGUGAAGGAGGAGGAAACGGGUAGAUUCGGACCGAUGACCGAGGUUAUAGUACUACGUGGGAUGGUGAAUAAUAUGGAUUUAGAUGAGGAAGUAGAGGGUUCAGGGGAUGGGGGUUUAAUGCAGGAAAUUGGCGAUGAAUGUGGUGAAAAGUACGGACGAGUCGAACGAGUGUAUAUCGACAGGCAAAGUGCUCCAGCAAAAGUCUUCGUCAAAUUUACUAAUCAAUUAUCGGCGUUGAGGGCUGUCAAUGCACUUGAGGGGCGUAUAUUUAAUGGGAAUACCAUAUCAGCUUUAUUUUAUGAUACGGAAACAUUUGAGAAGGGUAUCUACGAAUAA